AUGCCAGAAGAUCAGUCUAUGGUGUGUAAGACAUCUCCUGAAGAAGAUAUGGCCCUUAUCAUAGCUAAAAGGCAGGCAGAUCAUGCAAUCAACUUCGUGAAUAGCAACAGAUGCCUGGGGAGAUUUCUUCUGGAACUCUGCAAGACACAGGCAGUGGUGUCUGAGAGUAGAAAGAUGUUGCCUCUGCUUAGCAUUCCACUAAUUACUGUAACAAUUUUAAUCAUUGUGGGGCUUGUGGGAAAUGGAUUUAUUACAGUCAUUAAUUGCCUUGACUGGACCAAAAGUGGAAAAAUCUCUCCUUCUGAUAUGAUCCUGAUCCCUCUGAGCACGUCAAGAUUUGUGUUACAGGGGACAUUCACAGUGUUUAUCCACAGUCUCUAUUUUCCAGAUAUUCCCAAACUGUUUCUUCUGUAUACAGCAUCUAUUAUCUUAUGGAUGUUUGUGAACCAGGCCAGACUCUGGUUCGUCACCUGGCUCGGUGUCUUGUACUGUGUGAAGAUCAUCACUUUCACCCAACCUCUCUUACUGCGAAUGAAGCAGAGAAUCUCUGGGAUAGUUCCACAGCUGCUCCUGGGAUCAGUGCUGGUUUCUUCUAUCCCCUCUGUCCCAUUGUUGUGGACUCUGUGCAACAACUCGGUGACAGAUACUAAUUUGAGUACCCCAGAUCUCUCUCUUUUCCUGUACACUAUGGGGGUUUUCUUUCCUCUUACAGUAUCUGUGAUGUCUUUAGUACUGUUACUUACUUCUCGAAGCAAAAAAAUGGAAUAAAAUGCAGACAGUUUCAGGAAUUUGAAGACAGAUGCUCAUAUAAAUGCCAUGAAAGCUUUGAUCUCUUUCCUUAUCCUCUAUGUUUCCAGUUUUCCUGCUCACAUUCUAUUAUUACUCUUGAAUAAUGUAGAUAACAUCUGGUCUGUUGCAAUCUGUACAAUAAUGAUUCCUGCAUAUCCAUCAGUCCAUUCCAUUAUCUUGAUUUUAAUUAAUUCCAAACUAAAAGAGGCAUUAAUAAGAAUUCUCCAUUGUAUGAAGUGCCAUCUGAGCAAACAGACUUCUUAA